CCCCCCCCCCCGCCCCCCCCCCUCCCGGCCUCCCCCCCCCCCUCCCCCCCGCCGCCCCCCCCCCCCCCCCCCCCCCCCCUCCACCACCCCCCCCCCACCCCACCCCCCCCCCCCCCCACCCCCCCCCCCCCCCACCCCCCCCCCCCCCCACCCCCCCCCCCCCCCACCCCCCCCCCCCCCCACCCCCCCCCCCCCCCACCCCCCCCCCCCCCCCCCCCACCCCCCCCCCCCCCCACCCCCCCCCCCCCCCACCCCCCCCCCCCCCCACCCCCCCCCCCCCCCACCCCCCCCCCCCCCCACCCCCCCCCCCCCCCACCCCCCCCCCCCCCCACCCCCCCCCCCCCCCACCCCCCCCCCCCCCCACCCCCCCCCCCCCCCACCCCCCCCCCCCCCCACCCCCCCCCCCCCCCACCCCCCCCCCCCCCCACCCCCCCCCCCCCCCACCCCCCCCCCCCCCCACCCCCCCCCCCCCCCACCCCCCCCCCCCCCCACCCCCCCCCCCCCCCACCCCCCCCCCCCCCCACCCCCCCCCCCCCCCACCCCCCCCCCCCCCCACCCCCCCCCCCCCCCACCCCCCCCCCCCCCCACCCCCCCCCCCCCCCACCCCCCCCCCCCCCCACCCCCCCCCCCCCCCACCCCCCCCCCCCCCCACCCCCCCCCCCCCCCACCCCCCCCCCCCCCCACCCCCCCCCCCCCCCACCCCCCCCCCCCCCCACCCCCCCCCCCCCCCACCCCCCCCCCCCCCCACCCCCCCCCCCCCCCACCCCCCCCCCCCCCCACCCCCCCCCCCCCCCACCCCCCCCCCCCCCCACCCCCCCCCCCCCCCACCCCCCCCCCCCCCCACCCCCCCCCCCCCCCACCCCCCCCCCCCCCCACCCCCCCCCCCCCCCACCCCCCCCCCCCCCCACCCCCCCCCCCCCCCACCCCCCCCCCCCCCCACCCCCCCCCCCCCCCACCCCCCCCCCCCCCCACCCCCCCCCCCCCCCACCCCCCCCCCCCCCCACCCCCCCCCCCCCCCACCCCCCCCCCCCCCCACCCCCCCCCCCCCCCACCCCCCCCCCCCCCCACCCCCCCCCCCCCCCACCCCCCCCCCCCCCCACCCCCCCCCCCCCCCACCCCCCCCCCCCCCCACCCCCCCCCCCCCCCACCCCCCCCCCCCCCCACCCCCCCCCCCCCCCACCCCCC